AUGGAAACAGUGCCAAGUGACGAGGAUAAACUAAUAAUAAAUGGAGAAAUGUUUUAUUCUAUACGCACCUACAUGCGUCAAAAAAAGACAAGUGCUGAAAUUAUCGAAAAGAUUGAAGAGCUUCUGAAGCGCGGCGCUGACAUCAACGCCUGUGACAAAAAUGAUAAUAAUAACAAUAUCCUACAUAUUGCUGUUCAAAAAGAAGAAGUGGAUGUGGUAGUAUAUCUUUUACAAAAGGGUGAAAAAUUAUUUUCUAUGGAAGAUCAACAAAGAGCUUUGAAAUUAGCUUUACAAAACAAAACAACUCUCGGGAAAGAAAUUGCAGAAAUUCUGUCUAAACAAGGAAUUCUAGCAAGUUCUAUUACAGGCAAAAGUAUACAGCGAACAAAAUCUGAAGAAAACUCUGGAAACGAAGCAGCUGAGAACCAAACAUGUAAUAUAAAAUAUACGUACUUAAAGCGCGAAGGGACAUCGGGCGUUAAAGGACAAUUAUACGAAACUAAAUUAUUAAGCCUGGUUCUACAUCGCGCAUUGCAUGAUAAACAAAUUGAAGAAUUUUAUUUGGCAACGAACAUUAAAGACAUAGGAGGUUUUGACGACGUCUGCUUCAGGUAUGAUAAUGUGACUUGUUUUAUGCAAUGUAAACACAGAGAAAAUAUAGGUAAAGAAAAACUUACUGUUUGCAGUAUCAGAAGCAGUAAAGACAAGCUUUUUCUAGGCAUAUAUUUCGAUAGUUAUUUAAAAAUUAGACAACUAUUUUCCUCAGAUUCUAAUGAUCCCCUAUUUAAGGGAAAAUUUGAUGAAAUAAAGAGUCAUUUUGUUAUUUAUACGUCUCUUAAACAAGAUUUCACUAGAAAAUUAGAGGGAAAUAAACAAAUAUGUAGCAAGCUGCACGAUAUUAUAUUUACAGGUAAAAAAGCAGAAACUAAAACCAAAAGUGACAUUUUUCAAUUUGAUUUUGAGGACUGCGAUUUAGAUCUUUUAACAGAGUUUAUAAAAUAUAAAGAUAUAAAGACUUUAGGUAAAACAUUCUUGAAAUGUAUUAUACUAAAUAAUGUUAAUGGAAUGAUGAGUAGUAAAUUAGUUAAAAAAUAUUAUCCUGCACUGAUUAAAACAGUUAUAAGUAUUUCUAAAGAGAAUACAAUGUCUCUUAAAGGAAAAAAUGACUCAAAAGAACUAAAAUCUUCAAACUUUUCAAACAACAGUUAUAAAGUUGUUGGUAAAUUUCGAGAUGAUUUCUUUUCUUCCAAAAACGAUUAUUUAAUAAAGCUAAAAGAUGUAUUUUGUACAGAAAUAAUAUUCACCCAUAGCUCGAAAACAAAAUACACAAAGAAUGAACUAAGGGAAAAAAUACAAGAUAUAGCUAACAAUACAUGUGCUGCAACGAUCGCUGAUUUAAUUGGUUCUCCUAUAACAUUUGAUAAUAAAAACUAUCAACUUAUUCUAGAUAUUACAAAACUACCAAAAAAUAUGUUUAAAUCACAUGAAAUUGAAGACAUAAUGUCUGCUUUGCAAAAUAUACAAAUCACAAAAGCAAUGAUUAAAGACGCUGUUUAUUUAGCCGGUAAGAAAAAACUACAAACACUUACUUUUCAACUACCUAAAUAUUUUGAUAACACUGAUUUGAAAGUAAACAAUAACAAAAGACUAGAUAGAUUAAAUUUUCUGGCCGAGAAGUUUUAUAACCUUAUCAAACACUCUGCUCAAAAAAAUAAAACGGAAGAUAUCAAAAUUAUUGAUAUUAACAACGACGUUGUAGGUCCCGGCAAGAUCCUUGAGUAUUCGCAUUUAGAUUUAACGGGUAUUGGCGGGACAGUAGGCAAUUUACUAGAAUUUGAUGAGGAGAGUAAACUGUUCACCUUCACUACGAAAAGUGAACUUCCAGAGAAUGCAAAGUAUGUUCGAGAUAAAAUUAAAGAAUUGGUUGAUAAAGAUCUGAGCGAAUAUAAAUUCAAUGUGAUGACAGAUGGGUUUCCAAGAAUAUCAUUUGACGUUUAUCAAUACAAUAGGAACAUUGCGCGUGAAUUUUUAAGCAAACUUUGGUUUUACACUAAUCAAGCCCAAGAAGAAUCAGUUGAGGCUAUUAUUAAAAGUGAAAUAAGUAUGGAAUAUAAUGCUGAUAUACAAAGUAAACGAUUUCUUUUCCAUGUGCAUUCAGAUGCCAUUUUUCUCCGAUUUCAUGACAAAGUGCAAAAAUGGUGGAAAUCACCAACCGAUGCAUUAUACUUAACCAAAAAUACCACUUUUUAUAAGGAAGCAAAAAAAGAUAUUGUGGACCGUCCUAUUUUAACAGUGCUAACCCUUAUGUUCAUGAGAAAUAUUAAGGCAUUCAGUAUUGAAUUUAAUAAGAAUGCAAUAAAUAAUUUAAAGUUAAAUGAAUUUAUGAUAAAAAAUAAAAGCGAAGCUCAUAACAUUGCCAGCGACGCUGUAUUAUUGACUGCAGCUAAAAUAAUGCAGUGUGAACAAUAUCAAAAGCACUGUUCAUUUAUUCAUUUAGAUUACAUUCAUAUUCUUCCACAAAACGAUUAUGAAACGAUGAUAGAGGAACUUGAAUUAUUAAAAGAUGCUACUAUCGUUAUCAUUAGUGAGGCUCCCAUAAAAGAAGUAAUGCAAGAUAACUUUGUAAACAUUCUCAAUGCUCUUACUAAGCGUUACAUAACUUUAGAAAACCAUAUAAUUGUUAUUACAGGUGAAAUAUUACAAAUGAAAUUGGCGAAUUAUGAUUUCAUUUCUAUAAAAGACAAUAAUGUAAAUUUAACUGAUUUGACAAAUCAGUCACAGACAUUUAUUCUCAACACAUAUGAAGUAAUUUACCAAGGUCUGAGAACAAAAUUAAAUAAGAUCAUUGAUGAUACUGCAAAAGCCUAUAUAACUACGAAACUCCUGUUAUCUUUACUAAAGAAAGAGGAAAUUCAUAUUGGUCAUAAAAUUGAAAACCACAAUUAUAAUAAAAUCAAAAGUUGUUAUAUCGAUCGAAGCUUAGAGCGCAACGGUGAAGAACAUGUAAUAAAUACGCUAUAUGACAUCCACGAUAAAACUGUAUUGAUUUCAUCAAAGCCGGGUAUGGGCAAAACACUUCUUUUGACGCAUUUAUCGUUAAAAACAAAACAUGUAGACCGUAGGCUCUGGAUCGUGGUGAUCGAUAUGGCUUCUUGCGUUAAAGAUCUUGAAAAACUACAAAAUAUAACCUUGGGAAAUGUAAUGACUUUCUUAUCUAAGGUAGCACUUAAAAACCUAAAUGAAACAGAAAAAGUAACGUUUGUUAAAAUAAAUACAGAAGCAGUUGCCAUUAACAGUGAAGAGAUAGAAAAUGUCUCAUUUGAAUUAAAACUUUUUAUCCAUUUCUAUAAUCAAGGUCAUGUUAUCUUUCUAUUCGAUGGUUUUGAUAAAAUUUACCCGCGAUAUAUAAACGAAACUAUUGCAUUGUUUGCAACGCUUAGAGAAGCGAACAAACGCGUUUGGAUAACAAGCGACUGCUACGCUAUUAAGAAUCUUACAGAAAUUUUCGGUUCACCGUACGAACUCGAGCCACUCACAUAUACGGAAGAAAAAGGUUUACUUGAUAGAUUUUGGACUGUUAAUGUAAAGCUCGAAAAAUUAAAUCACGAGCAGUAUAACAAUAUAAGAAUAUACUUAGAUUACGUACUAAAUUUCUUUAAUCUUAAGCUGGUCGUUGAAGAUGUUAGUGACCGCCAUAAGUUCGCUUUUUUAAGUAAUGCACUUCAUAUAGUUUAUUUAAAGUUAGUCGAUUUCUUUAAGGAUGAAGUACACAGCCUGUCAUGGAUUUAUAUUCGUGAAAAAAUUAAGAAGAAAUGGCAUAUCCAUUCUUAUACAGUCAUCGAUCGAUACCUUCAAAAUGUCAACAAAAAAGACUCCUUACAGUUGAAGGGAAUUCCUUUCAUUAAAUACGUGGAUGAGAAUUACUUUAUAUUAAAAAAAGGUGAUAAAUUAGAAAUACAACUUAAUCAUAAUGUGAUACUUGACAGAUCAAAUGCUUAUAUGAACGCCUUAAAAUUAUACAAAUAUUUUCUUAUAACGAAUAUAAAAGAAGUUUGCAAUACUGAAACUGAAAUAAAGCCCGAUUCAAGCUUGCUGCGUGAUAACUUUUUUAAUGAUCAUAACAAAUUCCUUCUCUAUGCAAUAUAUAAGGAGAUUGACGUAUUGAAAAUUCUUAGUACAUCUGAUAUAAAUGAAAUAGGUAACACGAUUAAUAUGAUAGAAUCCGGUGAAAUCAGAGCCGACCCCAUUGAUACUAUCGUUGGUACAAAGCUUAGAGUGCAUUUAAUAUUUGCAGAAUAUUUUUUUCUUGAAACUUUAUCUGAUUUAUUGCCACACUUAAAUGGAAAUUUCAGUGAUUUCAAACUCGAUUCCAUUUGUGAUUUAAUAGUAAAUGUAAUACUGGUCAUCAGCCCGCCAGAUCUGAGGAAUGCUUUUAAAUAUAGACUAAAAUAUGAACCUAACCCAUCAGGCAUUACAGCUAUUGACAAUUGCAAUAGGAUUACAUUUGAAUUAGUUUUAAAAGACAACAAACACAAUUGUGCUUUAGAGGUUGAUGACACUCUGAAUACAGCAAUUAAUGAAGGCUUAAUAAACGCUAUAAAUUACUUAUUAAACAGUGUUCGUCAAAAUUUUAGCGAAGAUGCAAUUGAACUGGUGAUGAGGAUCUUAGAAAAAGUUGUAGGUAUUUUAGAGGAACUGGGGCCUACUUGGUCAGUUUUAAGUGAGCUUGUUUUUGGAGGCAUUGAGGACUUAGAUGGUGAAACUAUAGUAGACAUUUUAAAUUUAUUUCAGGUAGGGAAUCAAAUGACGGACAAAAUUAAAGAGGUAAUCAUAGAACCAGUUAGAAUGAUCAAAAAGAAAAUCGUUGAGAUCAGUAAGAAUAAUAAAAACUUAAUCAAAUUGGUAGAUGAGUUGCCACAUCACCUACCGGAGUUGAUUCGCGCACUAUAUGAUAUAAUUAGUGAGAUAGAUAUUUCUUAA